UCAAUUUCUACGCGAUCAGAAUCUGACCGAAGCAGCCCAAAAUCUCAAAUCGAACAGGUGGAAUUGGUGACACGCAUCAAAUUCGGGGAAUUUCAAUGCAAUUGUCGUUAUAUUUAUCAAUUUCUGCGCGAUCAGUUUCAGAAGACGCCCAAAAGCUUGAAUCGAACAGUUUUUGUUUUUUAGGAGCCUACAGGAUAAAAAUGAAUGUGCAGGCACAUAUGUCUGGACAAAUCACAGGUCAGCUACCUAAUCAAGCUGGGACUCAGUUGCCUGGUGUACCUCAGCAGAAUGAAAGUCCUUUUUCUAACCAGAUACAAAAUUUAGGGGGUCAUCAUAAUACCAUGUAUGUGGAUCCUCAGUUGGCAAAAGCACGCAGGUUCAUGCAAGAGAAGAUCUAUGAAUGGCUUAUUCAACGGCAGCAACAACCUCAUGAUAGACAACCAAAGCAGUUUCAGGAUUUUGUAAGACGCCUUGAUGAGGUUCUAUUCAGAAAUGCUGCCUCAAAGGGGAGUCUUGUUUUGGAUGAAUAUAUGAACCUGGAGACUCUUGAGACUCGUUUGCAUGUCUUGACCAAACAUUUACUAAUGAGCAAUCGCAACCAACACCAUCCGCAGCUCAUUAAUGCUCCUUCUCCUAUUGCUACAAUGAUACCAACUCCGCGGAUGACUCACAGUGGGAAUUCAAUUGCAUCAGCUGUGGAUGCUUCCAUGGUUGCUUCCAGCGGUGGUAAUGGCAUAGCACCUGGGACUAGCAUUACUGAAGGCUUAUUACCAACUACUACUAAUGGGCUUUCUGUUGGAAUGCCCAGUGGUUCUUUCAAUUCAUCUGAUGGGUCUAUGUCUAAUGGAUAUCAACAGUCGCUUUCUGAGUUUUCUAUAAGUUCCAGUGGAAGCAUGGUGUCUUCAAGCGGCGUACGAGGAAUGCCAAGCCAAAUGAUCCCUACUCCUGGAUUUAAUAGCAACAAUACUCAGUCUUUCAUGAAUCUGGAAUCUUCUAAUGAUACUGGUGCCUUUUCAACCGUUGGAUCUAGUACGAUAUCACAGCCUCUAUCACAAAAGCAGCAUGGUGGUGGUCAAAAUAGCCGGAUCCUGCACAACCUUGGUAGCCACAUAGGUGGUGGCAUUAGGUCUGGUUUGCAGCAGAAAGCUUAUGGAUUUCCAAAUGGUGGCUUAGGUAUUAUGCAGCGCAAUUCACAGUUGAUCAAUGGUCCAGGAAAUUCUGAGGGCUUUCUGGUGGCCUCAUCGAAUGACAAUUCACCAAAACCUUUACCACAACAUUAUGAUCAACAUCAGCGGCCAAUGAUGCAUGGUGAUGGAUAUGGGAUUAGCACUCUUGAUUCUUCUGGGUCGGGAAACGUUUAUGGUUCAGCUAUGAAUAAUCAGAAUUUGAAUCCAGCAAGCUUGCAGUCUCUAUCAAGAGCCAACUCCCCAUUGAUGACUAAUCAGCCGAAUUUGCUCACUACCCAGCAGUCUCAAUCCAUUGAUCAAUCAGGAAAGAUGAACUUCCACCCGUCAAAGUCAGCGACUGACAAUAUCUUACAAUCUCAUCAUGAGCAACAAUUUCAGCAGCAGCCUCUAAGGUUAAAACAACAGCAACUUGUUCAACAUCAGCGACAACAGAAGCAGCAAAUUCAGCAGCACCAGAUACUCUUAAAGAAUGAUUCUUUUGGUCAUUCUCAGCUGACUUCUGAUUUAGGCAGUCAACUAAAGCUUGAGCGUGGAAUGGAGCACCACGAUGAAGCUUUGCUUUCACAAGUUUCAGAAAAAUUCCCGUAUUCAGAGUUUCAGAACCAAUUCCAGCAAAGUUGUGCUGAAGAUCGUUCAGGAUUUGCUCAGUUGCUUUCUCUUCCAUCUGUCUCGCAGGAUAUAUGCUCAUCACCGACUCAAACUUCACAGCAAAUGCAGCAAUUAUUGCAUCCUCACCAGCUGGUUGUUGACUCUCAGAGCGAUUUCAGCUGUAUUUCUGUUGGAGUACAAUCAGAGAGAGUACUGCCUGGUCAAUGGCAUUCGAUGGAGGACAAGUCUCAAAUACCAGGGAAUGUGUCGCAGGGGCACCAUAUUCAGGAAGAAUUCCGUCAGAGAAUUUUUGGGCAAGAUGAGGCGCACCGUAACAAUUUCGCAUCUGAAGGAUCUAUUUGUGAAGUUAUUACUAAGCCACUGGAGCCCCCAACCUCAAGUGGUGCUACCUGUAGAUCCACUAAUUCUAACCGAGAAAGGCAGUUCAAGAAUCAACAAAGGUGGCUAUUGUUUUUGAGGCAUGCUCGUCGGUGUGUGGCCCCACCGGGGAAGUGCCAGGAAGUUAACUGCAUAACUGCUCAGAAACUUUGGAUGCAUAUUAUAGACUGCAAAGUAUCUCAAUGUCCAUAUCCUCGUUGCCACCAUACCAAGAUCUUACUUCAUCAUCAUAAGCAUUGCAAGGACCCAGGUUGCCCUGUUUGUGUUCCUGUCACAAAUUAUCUGCAGACUCAUCUGAAGGCACGUGCAUUUGAUAAUGGAGUUAUUGCAGCUCGAUUAACUUCAAAAAUAAGUCCACCAGUGGUACAAACUUUUGAAGAUUUACAUCCUUCGCUGAAACGAUUAAAGACUGAGCUGCCUUCCCAAUCUCUUGUUCCUGAGACUGAAAGUUCUGCUGUUUCUGUUCUUACCGGCAGUGGACGCCAUGUACUCCAUGAUGCACAACGUGAGGAACACCAAUAUGCUGACACGUGCAUGCAGAUGAAAUCAGAGGUUACAGAAGUCAAGAUGGAAAUUCCUAGAAGCUCUGGGAAUGGAAGUCCUAGCAUUUUUGAUAUGAAGAAGGAUAAUAUGGAUUGUACCUACAGCCAAAAACUUGGUGAACAAAUUAUAUUGGAUGAUUCUGCUGGUUCUGUACAAAAAGAAUGCAUUAAAAGUGAGAAAGAUAUGGACCAAGCUAAACCAGAAAAUGUUGUCCUGCCUGUUGAAAAUGCAGUUGGAACCAAGUCUGGGAAGCCUAAAAUAAAGGGAGUAUCAAUGACUGAGUUGUUUACUCCCGAGCAAGUCAGAGAACAUAUUAGAGGUCUCAGGCAGUGGGUUGGCCAGAGUAAAACCAAAGCAGAAAAAAACCAAGCAAUGGAGCAUUCAAUGAGUGAGAACUCAUGUCAGUUGUGUGCAGUUGAGAAGCUCACAUUUGAGCCGCCACCGAUAUAUUGUUCACCAUGUGGUGCUCGUAUUAAAAGAAAUGCAAUGUAUUAUACCAUAGGAGCUGGUGAUACACGACACUGCUUUUGCAUUCCCUGCUAUAAUGAGGCCCGUGGAGACACUAUCCUAGUUGAUGGAACUACUCUUCCGAAAGCAAGGAUGGAGAAAAAGAAAAAUGACGAGGAGACGGAAGAAUGGUGGGUUCAAUGCGACAAGUGUGAGGCUUGGCAACAUCAAAUCUGUGCAUUAUUUAAUGGUCGAAGGAAUGAUGGUGGGCAAGCUGAAUACACUUGCCCAAACUGCUACUUAGACGAAGUUGAAAGGGGAGAGCGUAAGCCCUUACCUCAGAGUGCUGUUCUUGGAGCAAAAGAUCUGCCUAGAACAAUUCUCAGUGACCACAUAGAAAAUCGAUUAUUUAGGCGGCUGAAGCAGGAAAAACAAGAGAGGGCAAGAGUUCAAGGGAAGAGUUAUGAUGAGGUUCCAGGAGCAGAAGCACUCGUUGUUAGAGUUGUGUCGUCAGUGGACAAAAAGUUGGAAGUUAAGCAGCGAUUUCUUGAGAUUUUUCAAGAGGAGAAUUAUCCGAUAGAGUACCCAUAUAAAUCCAAGGUGGUUUUGUUGUUUCAGAAAAUUGAAGGUGUAGAAGUAUGUCUGUUUGGCAUGUAUGUUCAAGAAUUUGGAUCAGAAUGUCAACAGCCAAAUCAUCGCCGUGUUUAUUUAUCAUACCUGGAUUCUGUUAAGUAUUUCAGGCCUGAGAUUAAAGCAGUGACAGGAGAGGCACUCCGUACAUUUGUUUACCAUGAAAUUCUGAUUGGAUACCUAGAAUAUUGCAAGAAACGAGGUUUCACAAGUUGCUAUAUAUGGGCUUGCCCUCCAUUGAAGGGUGAAGACUAUAUUUUAUAUUGCCACCCAGAAAUUCAGAAAACACCAAAAUCUGAUAAACUGAGAGAAUGGUACUUAUCGAUGUUAAGAAAAGCUGCAAAGGAAAACAUUGUGGUUGACCUCACUAAUCUCUAUGACCACUUCUUUGUUUCUACUGGGGAGUGCAAGGCUAAGGUAACUGCAGCUCGGUUACCUUAUUUUGAUGGGGACUACUGGCCCGGUGCUGCAGAGGAUAUGAUUUACCAGCUUCGUCAAGAAGAUGAUUGCAGGAAACAAUAUAAGAAAGGGACAACCAAAAAGACCAUUACAAAAAGGGCUCUAAAAUUAUCUGGCCAGUCUGAUCUUUCUGGAAAUGCAUCGAAGGAUUGGCUACUUAUGCACAAACUUGGCGAGACAAUUUGCCCAAUGAAGGAAGAUUUUAUCAUGGUUCACUUGCAGCAUGCAUGCACUCAUUGCUGUAUUCUAAUGACGUCAGGAAACCGUUGGGUCUGCAACCAGUGCAAAAAAUUUCAGCUUUGUGACAAGUGUUUCGAAGCUGAACAAAAACUUGAAGAGAGAGAAAGACAUCCUAUCAAUCAGAGGGAAAAACAUUUACUCUAUCAUGUGGAAAUUGAUGAUGUGUCUGAAGAUACCAAGGAUAAAGAUGAGAUCCUUGAGAGCGAAUUCUUUGAUACAAGACAGGCAUUUUUGAGUCUCUGCCAAGGGAAUCACUAUCAGUAUGAUACCCUCCGCCGAGCUAAACAUUCCUCUAUGAUGGUCCUUUACCAUCUUCACAAUCCCACUGCUCCUGCAUUUGUGACAACAUGCACCAUAUGUCAUCUUGAUAUUGAAGCUGGCCAAGGAUGGCGCUGUGAGAUUUGCCCAGAUUAUGAUGUGUGCAAUGCUUGUUAUCAAAAGGACGGAGGAAUUGAUCAUCCUCAUCAGUUGACAAACCAUCCAUCCAUGGCUGAUCGUGAUGCACAAAAUACAGAAGCUAGGGAAAUACGAGUUGUACAGCUUAGAAAAAUGCUCGACCUUCUGGUGCAUGCAUCUCAGUGUCGAUCUCCAAAUUGUCAAUAUCCAAAUUGUCGCAAGGUGAAGGGUCUUUUCCGCCACGGGAUGCAAUGCAAAAUACGUGCUUCUGGAGGUUGUCUUGUCUGUAAGAAAAUGUGGUACCUCCUUCAGCUUCAUGCUCGAGCUUGCAAAGAAUCUCAAUGUAGUGUACCACGUUGCAGAGAUUUGAAAGAACAUGUGAGGAGGUUGCAGCAACAAUCCGAUUCCCGACGAAGGGCAGCAGUGAUGGAGAUGAUGAGGCAACGUGCUGCUGAGGUUGCUGGCAAUGCUGAAUGACUAGGAUGUACAUAUAAUUAUAGAGGUAUUGCAGAAGAGCUUCCAGAGGGAGGUAGACUCCAUUAGGCUGAUAGCAGAAUGAAACUGCAGCAAAUUGGUUCAUGUCACUCGAUAGUGCAUAAGUGUUUAAUUCAUGUCUUGUUGAUAUACUCUCCCCAAGGAAGACGAUGAAGUUUGUUGAUCUGUGCUGCAUCAUCUUCUACGACUGCUAACCAUAUAUUUCGGAGUGAGAGUACUGAAGCAUGCCUUCGUCGGUUGCUAAUCUUGUGAUUCUUUGAUUUUAGCCUCUUGUAAGUUGUAUCCGUCCAGUGCCAAUGUGCCAUAACUGGCGGUGACUGUACUAUUGUUGCCCUAAUUGUCUAGUUGUCCCGUUUUCCCUUUUGUUUAUAUUCUGUUGCCCAACCACCCCCUCCCCAGAAUACACUUUGUAGAUUCUGUUUAUUUAAAGACGGGGAAUAAAGUAUGAUUGUAAAA